UUGCGCAUGCGCUUUUAAUAAUCACGCGCCAUGUUCCUUUCUCAAUCAAAAUAUUAUCGCCAAUACACAAGUUGGGAUAACAUUAUAUACAUGUAGCUACGGAUGGUGUCUCUGUUUGAUUUUCUUGUCAGUGUUCGUAAUGAUGUCGUUGGGAAAUAAAUCUGACAUAGCUGUUCAGAUUUUCUCAUAUUCCUAACGUUUGAGUUUCCUGAAUUACGUCCCUUCGAAACAGUAGAUAACAGAAACUGUAAUUAUGUCAGAAGUUGAAGCUCCUCGAGUCAAGUCACAGCCAUCCUGUCAAAAGUCUUAUAUAAGAUUUAUGAACUGUACUGAAAGAGAAGUUGAUAUAGUUUGGUUGAACUAUGAGGGUGUCAGUGUCCAUUAUAAAACUUUGUCAUCCCAGCAUUGGGUUGAUGUGAACACCUUUGUCGGACAUCCAUGGAUUUUUCGGGAUACAAAUACCGGUGACAAAUUAGUAGUCCAGUUGAAGGAGGUAUAUGAACCAGUGGCUCACUGCUACCAACGGGAUGGCACUUCUCGCAGAGUUGUUAAUAUUGUAAUACCAGUUUACAAUCUCAAAGAAUGUUGCCUGCAAAAAUUAAGAGCCAUCAUUCCGUGUAAUCAAAUUGAUGAUUUGGAACUACCAAAAAGCUUAAUAUGGGAAAUGAAAAAAUAUUUUUACAAGAGCUCAUAUCUUGGCAAACCUGUUUCCAUAUCUAAGAGUUGAGGUAUACAAGUACAUCAGUAUGGUUGGUUUGUGAUGAAACCUUGCUAAUUGUGUAUAUACACAUUUCUAGACAUGGAUCAAUAAGUUCAUUUUGUCUGUCGUGUGUGUGUGUAUGUUUGUGUGCAUGCGCGUGCAUGUGUUUAUAUGUAUAUAUGUACACCUCCUCAACUUACAACCUAUGCAAAUUAUGACCAUCUGCACUUACGACCACAAAAAAAAAUAAGGGAAUAAAAAAAUCAACUUUUGGACUUGGGCAGCUGCGCAUACUAUAACUAUGACAGCAUCUGGCAACACUGGACUCCCUCAGACCCUGGCAUCCAUUGCCUGCGGCUGUCUCACACUCAGUCGCUUUCAAGCACCAUUUACAUAUGAAUGAAAAUAGUGUUGAAAAAUAUAAAUCCGACAUACAUUCAGAUCAGUUUAUGACCUGUCACUUGGAACAGAACUCUGUCAUAAGCUGAGGAGAAGGUGUAUAUGAAAUAUGUAUGUAUGUAUGGUUGGCAGUCUGAACAAAAAUCAAACACUCAGUAUUAUGUAGAGUAUAAAAUAUAUGAGGAAACAAACAGAGGUUAACUGUUCAUUGACUGACUAUGAGUUUCACAGCAAAUUUAUAUCCAUAGAGCAGAAGCUCUACCUACUAACACAAACUAAUAUCUUGUUCUUGUUGGUAAAAACAUAAUGGUACUGAUGAACAGAAGUAUUAUGAUUAUAAAUAACAAUAUUUCUUCCAGUGAAGUUAAGAGUCUGUUGAUGAACAGACAGUUUUGUAUGUAUAUCUAUUAUGUGUGUAAGCGGAGAGAGAAAGAAAUUAUUAUAUAGACAUAUGCAUACAAACAUAUGUUUAUAUAUUUAUAUAUGUGUGUGUAUAUAUAGAUAUAUAUAUAUA